UAGCGUUGAUCUCCCUGAUAGUGAAGACAAAGCCCCUAUACAGCAUCGCUGAAAGGUCCUAAAUUGAAUUGCAUGUUAAAGUGCCAGUCUGGGACUUGGGAGCCCAGGUUCAUUAAGUUGAUUUGUUACGGACGUUGUGACCCUUGGGCAAGUCACUUAGCCUCUUUAUGCCUCAGUUCCCCAUCUGUAAACUGGGGAUAAUAGCACUUCUGUACCUCACUGGAAUGUUGUGAGGGUAAAUACAUGAGACUGUGGGGUGUUUAGAUAGUAUGAUUGGGAAUCAUACAGGGGUACAGCAUUCAUUUUGUACAAGAAAAGCUAAAGCAUUUUUCUAGGUCAAGUGAAUAAAGAAACCCAAUUAAAAUACACAUUUUUAUAUUCUUGAUGAAACCUGCUCUGGAACUGUUGGGAAUUUGUACUGCAGACUUUCCUGGACAUUCAGACCCUAGUCAAUGUAGAUCUGGACAAACAGGUGUCAGAUUUGCCUUCAGCUCUCCCCAGACCUUUAAGUUCUGAACCCAUUAGGCCACUAAAACCCUUUGGAUAAGGGUGAGGUGUGGUUGAGUGAGUCUGGUGUGGAUUUUUUUAGGGGGAUAGGGUGAAGAGGAAGGGGCAGCCCAGGUCUGUGCUAUUGUUUCUGAUCCAGGCACGAGCUACUCUGAGGACUUACGCCCGUAACAACCAAAAUUAACAUGGUACCUUUAGUGAAUAGACUGAACCUAUCUGCUCCCAAAGCAAAUCUGCACCAUAAUUGCCCCCCCCCCCCCCCGGAAUUGAUUCAGUACUGACUCUCACAAGAGUGCCACAGGUGUACCUUGGUCAGUGAUCUCCCCUGCAAGUCCUGAGCUGGCCUAGCCUUCCAUUACUUGUGAGAACGGCAGGGAUCAUAAAAGUAGGUGGUAUGACUGAAGGCCACUGUUCUCUUUAUUAUCACCUUUUUCUUGCUAUGUAACAUAUGCUGACCUUUAAAAUGCUGUCUUGAAGGAGUAGAGAUGGGUACAAAUCCGCCUGUUACAGCAUACGCAGUUUAGUGCCUUGGGUGCACAACUUCUCCAGUGAGAGUCCAGGUACGCAACAGUGGCUGUGAGACUUUCAGAAAGGAAUGUGAUUCUACACUCCCAUGCAAGACAUGGCUUCACACAUACGGUGGGUGCAAGGCCAUGCUGUGGUGAGGAUACUGCAGUUAUGUAAACUAGGAUGGAAUGGAGGGUGGUUCUGGCAUAAGCUGUUAAAUGUUUGCUUUUUAACUGGAGCACCCAAUGAAGUUAAAGCUUUGUCCACACUACGAAUGUGCAGUGCCUAAAUUUCAAGUGUAAUUUGCUGAUGCACAGAGCCUUUCACUGAGAUUCGACUACCUGUGCCACCGACUAGGUUUAUUUAUAUUUGCAGUAGUGCCUAAGGGCCCUAUAGAAACAUGACACAGAGACAGUCUGCUCCAGAAAGCUGACUUUAUUGUCUUUGUACAUUUCAUGAGAAUCAAGGAUUUAUGGACUUUAAGGGAUGUUAUUUCAUUUGCUGCUUAACCGGGACUGAUUUAUUUUUUUCAUCUUCAGAUAAAUUUUGCCUGAGGUGAUAAGAAUAUUAUACUUAAUGAAAGCCGACAGGAAAGUACAGAAUGUCUCUGUAAUACAGCAGUUUAUUGAAGCAGUGGUACAAAAAGGCUUUGGAAAGGGAUUGUAUUUGGUAAAUAAAACCUGAGGGUCCCCUGGGGCCCUGUGGUUCCUCUUAAAGUAGUGGAAUGUUAACCUAAUCCCUUCCCAUUGGUCAGGGAUGUUUGUCCAGAUGUCUAGCUUUUCUAUAAAAGAUAAGUAUUACCAGACUUGACAUGCAUUUGAGAGAGAAGUCCUAGCAAAGAAGAACACCGAUCAAAAAAUGACACUAUCUAUCAAUUUGGUUAUAUUAUUUUUAUGCAUUGGAGUUACAUACCCUGGCGUGACUGGAAUUUUUAUGGACAAACUUGCCAGCAAAAAGCUCUGUGCUGAUGAGGAGUGUGUUUACACCAUUUCCCUUGCCAGAGCAGAAGAUGAUUACAAUGCACCAGAUUGCAGGUUCAUUAAUAUUAAAAAAGGGCAGUUAAUUUAUGUUUAUUCAAAACUAGUGAAAGAGAGAGAAGCUGGAGAGUUCUGGGCUGGAAGUGUGUAUGGUGAGGAGUAUGAAGACCAGAUGGGAACUGUUGGCUACUUCCCCAGCAGUUUAGUCUCAGAGCAGCAUGUUUAUCAAGAAGCUAAUAAGACAAUCCCUACAACGGCCAUUGACUUCUUCUGUGAAUAGUACUGGUAUAUGGCUGGGUCAUCACCAGGCGGAUAUCAGGAGAAUCUGAUGGAUAUAAACCUGAAAAUCCAUGGCUGACUACUCUGAAUUCUUUCUUUAUUUCUUGUUUGUAAAAUAAUACGUUUAUUUCUAAAUAAGAAUUUGUUGAAAGGGAGUGAUUGCUGGGGGAAAAAGUUGAAAACCUUAGAUAUAAACCACAUGGCAUAUGCUUCGAAAGUCUUUCUACCUGAAAUUACUUUGUUAUAGUCAUUGGUAAGUUAGCACCUUUUAAAGUACUGCAUUGUCGUAUUCAAAAUUAUCUAAUAUUUGAGGUAAGACUUCCAAUGUCUUGUGUUGCAUUUAUUUUCUCACUAUACAAGCAUGUUUUAUGCUAUUAAAUAAAAUGACAUUAAAAGUGCA